UGAUGAGGCGAGAGACUGGCGACACAAGCUGAACUGUACCGGCAGUGAGUGAGCGCUCGUGCUGUCGGUGCCUGUCUGUGUACGGUUUAGCCGUAUUAGCUUUAGUUCGCGCGCGUCGGCAGGAACACAACAAGCUCUCGGGACGUUAGCUUCUCCGCGGAGUUCCUCAUCUGCACGGUGACACGAUGUCCGCUAAAGCCAUCUCGGAGCAGACAGGUAAGGAGUUCCUGUAUAAACACAUCUGUACAACGGCGGCUGUCCAGAACCGCUUCCUGUACGCCACCGUCACUGCUGAGACCGACUGGGACCGUCUGACACAGGACCACCCAUGGCUCCUGACUCAGCGAUUGGUUGUGAAGCCCGAUCAACUGAUCAAGCGCAGGGGGAAGCUGGGUCUGGUGGGCGUCGACCUCGAUCUCCAGGGCGUUCGUGAUUGGCUGAAUUCACGCAUGAUGAACGAAACCACAGUCGGAAAGGCGAAGGGGAUUCUGAAGAAAUUCCUUAUCGAGCCAUUUGUGCCGCACUCGCAGGAGGAGGAGUUUUACGUGUGUAUCUAUGCCACACGUGAGGGAGAUCAUGUGCUUUUCCAUCAUGAAGGAGGUGUGGACAUCGGGGACGUUGACUCCAAGGCACAGCGUCUGAUGGUCGGUGUGGACGAGAAACUCACCGCUGACGCCGUGACUGAACAACUGCUCACACACGUCCCCGAUGAGAAGAAGGAAGUUCUGGCCAGUUUUAUCGUAGGACUCUUUAACCUGUACGAGGAUUUGUACUUCACCUACCUGGAGAUCAACCCGCUCGUCGUCACGCAGGAAGGUGUUUAUGUCCUGGAUAUGGCAGCCAAAAUCGACGCCACAGCCGAUUUCAUCUGCAAACCAAAGUGGGGUGAUGUGGAGUUUCCUCCUCCAUUUGGCAGAGAAGCCUAUCCUGAGGAAGCCUACAUAGCAGAUCUGGAUGCUAAGAGCGGUGCAAGUCUCAAACUCACCAUACUGAACCCCAGAGGGCGUAUCUGGACCAUGGUGGCAGGAGGAGGAGCCUCUGUCGUCUACAGUGAUACUAUUUGUGAUCUGGGUGGAGUGGACGAGCUGGCAAACUAUGGCGAAUACUCUGGUGCUCCAAGUGAACAGCAGACCUAUGACUAUGCCAAGACCAUCCUCUCACUCAUGACCCGUGAGAAACACCCUGAUGGUAAAGUUCUGAUCAUUGGAGGAAGCAUCGCUAACUUCACCAACGUAGCAGCUACUUUUAAGGGCAUAGUGAGAGCCAUUAAGGACUAUCAGGGUCCUCUGAAGGAGCAUGAGGUCACUAUAUUUGUGCGUCGAGGUGGACCGAAUUACCAAGAAGGCCUCAGGGUGAUGGGAGAAGUCGGAAAAACCACUGGGAUUCCCAUCCACGUGUUCGGCACAGAGACUCACAUGACCGCCAUUGUUGGCAUGGCGCUUGGACAUCGCCCAAUCCCGAAUCAGCCUCCGGUUGCUGCCCACACUGCCAACUUCCUGCUUAAUUCGAGUAGCAGUGCUGCGACUCCAGCAGCAACCAGAACUGCUUCAUUUUCGGAACCUAGACCUAACAAUGACAUCACACCUGCUAAAAAACCUAAACCUGGAGUUCCACCAGUGUCCUCUCUCUGCCAAACAUGGUCAGUGAAGAGUGCAUGCAGCACCACUGUCAAAGAACACAAGCGCACAGCAAAGCAGAGCAGAGCCAAAGCUACCACUCUGUUCAGUAAGCACACUAAGUCCAUAGUGUGGGGGAUGCAGACCCGAGCUGUUCAGGGAAUGAUGGAUUUCGAUUAUGUUUGUUCUCGUGAUGAGCCCUCAGUAGCUGCCAUGGUUUAUCCAUUUACCGGAGACCACAAGCAGAAGUUCUACUGGGGUCAUAAGGAGAUCCUGUUACCCGUGUAUAAGAACAUGGCUGACGCAAUGAAGAAGCACCCGGAAGUGGAUGUCUUGAUCAGCUUUGCAUCUCUGCGCUCAGCCUUCGACAGCACGAUGGAGACCAUGAACUACCCGCAGAUCCACACUAUAGCGAUCAUAGCUGAGGGAAUUCCUGAAGCGCUCACAAGGAAGCUCAUCAAAACAGCAGAUGAGAAGGGGGUCACCAUCAUCGGCCCAGCUACGGUGGGCGGGAUAAAGCCGGGUUGCUUUAAGAUUGGGAACACUGGUGGGAUGCUGGACAACAUCCUGGCAUCAAAGCUGUAUCGCCCAGGCAGUGUGGCGUACGUGUCCCGCUCGGGCGGCAUGUCUAACGAGCUCAACAACAUCAUAUCUCGCUCCACGGAUGGCGUGUACGAGGGCGUGGCCAUUGGAGGAGACAGGUAUCCCGGAUCUACUUUCAUGGACCAUGUACUGCGUUAUCAGGACACGCCUGGGGUGAAGAUGAUUGUUGUUCUGGGAGAGAUCGGAGGUACGGAGGAGUAUAGAAUCAGUGAAGGAAUUAAAGAGGGCAGGAUCACUAAACCUGUGGUGUGCUGGUGUAUCGGUACCUGCGCUACACUCUUCUCCUCCGAGGUGCAGUUUGGUCACGCUGGUGCAUGCGCUAAUCAGACUUCAGAGACUGCUGUGGCGAAGAACAGGGCGCUGCAGGAGGCCGGAGUUUAUGUUCCCAGGAGCUUCGAUGAGCUCGGAGACGUCAUCAAGUCAGUGUAUGAUGAUCUAGUGGCGAGUGGAGACAUCGUUCCAGCACAGGAAGUUCCCCCUCCCACCGUGCCGAUGGACUAUUCCUGGGCCAGGGAGCUGGGUCUGAUCCGUAAGCCAGCGUCCUUCAUGACAAGUAUCUGUGAUGAGCGUGGACAGGAGCUGAUUUAUGCAGGCAUGCCCAUCACGGAGGUCUUCAAGGAGGAGAUGGGUUUAGGUGGGGUUCUUGGCCUGCUUUGGUUCCAAAGGAGGUUGCCCCGUUAUGCAUGUCAAUUCAUUGAAAUGUGUCUAAUGGUGACGGCGGAUCACGGCCCUGCUGUAUCUGGAGCUCAUAACACCAUCGUGUGCGCCCGUGCUGGGAAAGACCUCGUCUCCAGCCUCACGUCUGGCCUGCUCACCAUCGGUGAUCGGUUUGGUGGUGCUCUGGACGCAGCUGCUAAACAGUUCAGUAAAGCGUUUGACAGCGGCAUGCUACCCAUGGAAUUCGUCAACAAGAUGAAGAAGGACGGCAAACUCAUCAUGGGCAUCGGGCACCGUGUCAAAUCAAUUAACAAUCCAGAUAUGAGAGUGCAGAUCCUGAAGGACUUUGUGAAGCAGCACUUUCCUGCCACACAGCUGCUGGACUAUGCUCUCGAUGUCGAGAAGAUCACCACCUCCAAGAAACCGAAUCUGAUCCUGAACGUGGACGGCUUUAUUGGCGUGGCGUUUGUGGACUUGUUGCGAACAUGUGGAGGAUUCACUCGAGAUGAAGCAGAUGAGUUUGUGGAAAUCGGAGCUCUGAAUGGGAUUUUUGUUCUGGGACGCAGCAUGGGCUUCAUCGGUCACUACCUGGACCAGAAGCGACUGAAACAGGGCCUGUACCGCCACCCGUGGGACGAUAUCUCCUACGUGCUUCCUGAGCACAUGUCCAUGUAACCGUCAUGGCUGCCAUGUUCCGUCUCAAACCUGAAGGCUGUGUUUAAUUUGGAGUAUAAACUGGGGGUGGAGUGCCCUAUUUAUAUUCACUUGAAGAUUAGGGAACACCUUAAUAUCCAUCACUGCAUCUCUCUGCUGCGUCUUACUUGCACUAGUCUACUUCCCCUAGCUCCUUGUAAGUGUGCAUCAGUGGCAUCUCACACACACACACGCACUCACACACACACUCCAACAGAAAGAACACUGCAGUGUCAUUACAGCCCGCUAACACACUAGCAUGAUAACUAACUGGUUUACUAACUAGCUAGCUGUUGGCUAGUGUAACAACCAGCUGGUUUCAUAACUAAGUGUUUAGCUGAUUACUUAAUCUGAUAAAUAGUUGUCUUAAUAGCAGACUGAUAAAUAACUACUUGACUUGAUAACUUGCUUCUAGUGUGAUCAGUAGCUGGUUUCAUAACUAACUGUUUUGCUUAUUAGCUAGCUUGAGAAUUAGUAGACUUAUCAUUCAUGAUAACUAGCCAGCUUGAUAACUACCUUUCUAUAGGUUUCCAUUUGGUUAGCGUCAUUACUAGCUGGUUUCAUAAUUAACUGUUUAUGUUCCUGACUACCUAGCUUGAGAACUAGUAGAGUUGCUUAUAUGCCUGAUAACUACCUUAUUAGCUGGUUUUAUAACAAGCUAGUUUUGUUGAUCAGACAAUGUAAUCGGAAUCUAGUCAUCACAUUGACCAGUGUGAUAACUAGCCAAUCAUAAUUUAUCUUGAUAACUAGCAGUCUCACUGACAACCUUCCUAAUGGCUAGUGUAAUAACUAGCUUGUUCCAUAACUAACUAACUGUUUUGCGUUAACUAAGAGAAAGUUAGUUACCAAGCUGGCUAGGUUUCACAGUAGCUUGUUAGCAGGGGUACCAGUUCACAAGAACAGUUGGUUAUGAAACCCGACAGUAAUUACACUAGCUGAUAGCAUGAGAGUCUUGCAAACCAUGAUAACUAGCCAGCUUGAUGACUAGCUUCCUAUUAGCUAGUCUACUGUGAUAGCUAGCUAGCUAGCUUUGUAAAAGUUUAGCGUUAUAAAUUUUUCAAGAUUGGAGCAGAGCAUAAUGGGUAAUUUUUGCUCUUAAAGUCACUUUUGGGGAAGUGGAUGAGGCUUGUGCUAAAUGUGGAUUUGAUCUGUUACUGAGAGGAAGUGCUGUUUUGUUUAGUUUGCUAAUUAUAAAAUUAGAAAUAGUGUGCGUGUGUGUGUGUCUCUCUCUCUCUCAUACUCAUAUAUACAUACAUGCACACAGAGGUACUAAAAUGAAGGACAAAUUCUGUUAACACACACACACAUGCAUGCAUACACACAUUUACCUGCUUCACCCAGUGAUGAAUAUAAUGAAAGCUGCUCACACACUUGCAGCUUUUUGUCUGUGUAGGGCAGUUUGUACUCAUUACUGAAACUGGAAGACAAUUUGAUGUCUGAUGUUAGUGUGUGUGUGUGUGUGUGAGUGAGGAAGGGAGGGAGAGAGACAAUGAAAAACAUGUGUUUCAGCUUAACUCUAUGCCUCAGUGAAGGCUGUGUCUUUCACCAGCCUGACUGCAUGACCUGCAUCCUUCUCUAAUCACACACAAGUCACUUCCUGUGGGCUUUUGGUUUUUGGGGGAAACUGGGACUCUCCAUCAUGACCGUUUUUAUGUUUCUGUAUUUAAAUGUGAAAUCAAGCUGCUUUUGCUAUGUUACAUUUUCUUUUUCUUUCUUUUUUUUUUUUUUUUUUUUAAAUAUAUGCCUAAAACUGUAAUAUUCUAGUAUAAUAAAGUCAUUCUUGGUUA